AUGAGGGCACUGUAUGUGAAUUCCUGUGGGCACGCACGAGUAUACUGGAAGCUCUCGGCUGAGUUCACCACGUCCAGUGGUGUAAGACAAGGCUGUCCUCUUUCCCCUUUCCUCUCUAACUUUGUUAUCAGUAUACUGAUUGAAAUUUCUCUGCCUGUCUCUGAAACCUUGGGAGUCGAAAUGCUCCCAGGACGUUCCAUCACAGACAUUAAGUAUGCAGACGAUAUUGGUCUCCUUGGCUCAGAUCCUUCCCAACUGCAAACGACUGUGAAUAACCUAAAUAACUCUGCCGCACGUUUUGGCAUGUGCUUCGUACCUACAAAGUGUAAAAUCCUGUCACGACUUGCAGGCGAGCCAAUCGACGUGGUAGAUAAAUUUGUUUACCUGGUCAGCUAUAUAAGUUCCGGUGGAUUGGCUGGAGGUGGUUUGCUGGUCAUCUUACCUGCGGCUGCCGCAACACAAUAUUGUGAGGAACUGAAAGAGUUGGAGGGUAGUCCAGCUUGGGUUGUCGGCGAAGUUGUCCAAUCUGACACCAAAAAGGCAUUUCUAGUGGAAAGUCCCACGUUUAUCGAGGUGGAUCACGCGUCUAUUGCUACGCGCAGUUCAACUAACGGACAGUAAUGGAAAUCCUACUGAUCUUCUAACUCCCUACAUUCCUAUGUACCGUUUUCCGUUUGCUGAUGCCCUCCCAUUAUGAUGCCGAUGGCGAAAACCCAAAACAGGCGUCAUUGUGCUGAUGUUUUCUGGGGCCAGUAAAUUCUUUUUUCACAUCCUAUUUACUGCACCAUUUCGUUCCGUUGCGGGCCUUUAUGGACCGUCGUUGUGACGAUAUUUUGUUAGGUUAACACCAGGGAGCUUUGGAUGUAUGCUCAGAUGUGACCCUAGGGCUUCGGUCGAAGGGGCCAUACCGCCCUAAUUACGCCUGAAUAUUUCGAACUCUCAACUUUUCGGCAACGAAUUGUCACAGUUUUCAAGCCUGAAGCAAACUUCAAAUAAACAAAGCUCG